AUGGCAGGGGACGUGGAAGGAUUCUGUUCCUCCAUUCAUGAUGCCAGUGUCUCUGCUGGAUUCAGAGCACUGUAUGAGCAGGGAUUACUACUCGAUGUCACUCUGGUUAUGGAAGAUCAUCAGUUCCAGGCCCACAAAGCACUCUUGGCCACCCGGAGUGAUUACUUCAGAAAUAUGUUUACCGCAGACAUGAGGGAACGAGAUCAGGACAAAAUUCAUUUGAAAGGUCUAACUGCUACUGGUUUUAGCCACGUCCUUCAAUUUAUGUACUAUGGAACUAUAGAACUAAGUACGAAUACUGUUCAUGAGAUUCUUCAGGUUGCCAUUCAACUUAUAGAAGUGGUCAAGUUCUGUUCCUUUCUUUUAGCAAAAAUCUGCUGUUCCUUUCUUUUAGCAAAAAUCUGCUGUGCAGAAAUUAUGAGACUCUUAGAUGAUUUCGGUGUCAGCAUCGAGGGAGUCAGGGAGAAGUUGGACGCCUUUUUGCUAGACAACUUUGUGCCACUCAUGUCCAGGCCUGACUUUCUGACCUAUCUUAGCUUUGAGAAGCUCAUGUCUUAUUUGGAUAAUGAUCAUCUGAGCAGGUUCCCAGAGAUAGAGCUGUAGGAGGCUGUGCAGUCUUGGCUGCGGCAUGAUAGAAGAUGCUGGAGACAUACCGAUACCAUCAUUCAGAACAUCAGGUUUUGUUUGAUGACCCCAUCCAGUGUUUUUGAGAAGGUUAAGACAUCAGAAUUUUAUAGAUACUCCCGACAGCUGCGUUAUGAAGUUGACCAAGCAUUGAAUUACUUUCAGAACGUUCACCAGCAGCCUUUGUUGGAUAUGAAAUCAAGCCGUAUUCGUUCUGCCAAACCCCAAACUACAGUAUUUCGAGGGAUGAUUGGACAUAGCAUGGUUAACAGUAAAAUACUCCUUUUAAAGAAACCAAGAGUCUGGUGGGAAUUGGAAGGCCCACAAGUACCUCUGCGGCCAGACUGCCUUGCUAUCGUCAAUAACUUUGUGUUCCUGUUAGGCGGGGAAGAACUGGGCCCUGAUGGCGAAUUCCAUGCCUCUUCCAAAGUGUUCAGGUAUGACCCAAGACAAAAUUCUUGGCUGCAGAUGGCAGACAUGUCUGUACCACGCUCCGAAUUUGCAGUUGGUGUUAUUGGGAAGUUCAUUUAUGCUGUAGCAGGCAGAACCAGAGAUGAGACUUUCUAUUCAACAGAGAGAUAUGACAUCACCAAUGAUAAAUGGGAAUUUGUGGAUCCUUAUCCAGUUAACAAAUAUGGACACGAGGGGACAGUGCUCAAUAACAAGUUGUUUAUUACUGGUGGAAUCACCUCGUCUUCCACCUCCAAACAAGUAUGCGUGUUUGACCCCAGUAAAGAAGGGACCAUAGAACAGCGGACCAGAAGAACUCAAGUAGUGACCAACUGUUGGGAGAAUAAGAGCAAGAUGAAUUACGCAAGAUGCUUUCACAAGAUGAUUUCUUACAACGGCAAGCUUUAUGUCUUUGGUGGCGUCUGUGUGAUCUUGAGGGCCUCUUUUGAAUCUCAGGGAUGCCCUUCCACAGAAGUGUACAAUCCCGAGACUGAUCAAUGGACCAUUUUGGCAUCCAUGCCGAUUGGUAGAAGUGGCCAUGGUGUGACUGUGCUGGACAAACAAAUAAUGGUUCUUGGAGGCCUUUGUUAUAAUGGUCAUUACAGCGAUUCAAUUCUCACCUUUGAUCCAGAUGAAAACAAAUGGAAGGAAGAUGAGUACCCUCGGAUGCCCUGCAAGCUGGAUGGUUUACAAGUAUGCAACCUGCAUUUUCCGGACUAUGUACUGGAUGAGGUCAGACGUUGCAACUAAUGACAUCUUCCUUAAAAAAAAAAAAAGGCAAACAAAGUAUUUGUUUGUGAUGAAGUAGUUAAUUAAAAACAUAAAGAAAAACCUCACCAGUUUUACUAUCAAAGCCAUUGGUCUAAUAUCGUAAGAAUUUUUCAUUCUGUGCUAGCAUCCUUUUUUUUUUUUCUUUUCAGUGGCCUCAAACUCAUGCAAUAAGUUAAUUCUAAGUGCUAGCUCUUGAAACUACUUCCAGAAGCAGUUUAAUAGAAUGCUCCACCUAUCUGGGAAAUUGAUUUUUCUGCUUUAAACAUUUCUUUCAGAUGUUAGUGUAGGAGUCAUGCAUCUUCCAAGAGAAGACCCGAUAAGUGUCACUGGAUGUGAUUUCAGUCCCUAUCUCUAUCUGAAAUCUUUUUGAACAUUUAUUUCAGUGUAUUUCAGUCUGUUAUACCUUUUAGUUUUAUUAUUUGAAAGUUUAAAAUUCUUGACCUUUUUGCAUGGCUUUUUGCUGAAAAUGCAAAAAUAUAAAUUUUCUACAAAACUAACUUUUUAUAUUCAAAACACUAUUUCUAAGCUGCCUUCUCUUAUUCGCAUCGUGUUAGUGAAAGCAUAUCCAUACUUGCAUACAUCUAUAAAUAUAUAAGGCACAUCCCUUUUAUGCGUGGUUAGGAUUCUAUAUUUUUAAGCUAGUGCACUUGCACACACGGUUCGCCAUACUUUAGAUGUAAUGUCUUUUCAUGUAGUUACAUUUUUAGAAAGUUAAAAUAACUGGAGUCCUCAUUUGGUAUCAGAGUAGCCUAUCUUCGGUCCAUACUGAUCCAGUAAUAUUUGAACUCCUUAUAUUUCUGAAACAUGUAUGGAUUUAUGAGAACUAACAUUUUAUAUUUUAUUUUCAAAAGUAAGCAUUAGUGUUCCUUGUUGAUGUAUGUCUUUUCUUUUGGAAACUGUUUUUCUUUGCAAUCUGUUUAACGUUGCCCUGUUUUUAGUGAGAAUUGGAGUGGUAUAUGACAAGCUCUGACCCUGCAGCGUGCAAGCACUUUUAACGAGAAUUUAGGUAAUAACAGACUCCUAAAUAAAGGCCCCUUAAAAGUAAGUGCAACUCCCAUUCUUUACAUUUAGUAAGGCUGCUGCAUCUGUUAUUGAAUGGAAGGUAGCAACUCUUAGAAAAUUUGAGCUCAGUUCUGACUUAGAGGUAAGAAAUAGAAUUAUAACGUUACUGGUUAUAUCUACUUGUUUAUUUCAAACAAAAUACCCAGCGGCACUAGGGAUGUAAGCCCUUAACUUUUGUUUUAUUUACUGAAAGCUACUAGCAUGAAGGAUAGUAACCACAAAGUUCAGAAUGGAUCAAGAAUAGCU